GAGUGAAGACAAGGUCGGGAAUAAAAGACGGACAAUAAAAACAGGCGUUUGAGGGUGUGUUUUAUCAUGAAGAGGCAAAACGCGCGGACUCUGGCUCUUAUAGUCAGCAUCCUCACCUACCUGGUGGUGGGAGCCGCGGUAUUUGAGACCCUCGAGUCCAAACAGGAGAAAAGUCACAAGCGGAGACUCGACGCGCGGAAAUACGAGCUGAUGCGUAAACUGAACUUAACCAAAGAAAACUUCGAGGAGCUGGAGUACGUGGUGCUGCAGCUAAAGCCGCACAAAGCCGGGGUCCAGUGGAAGUUCGCCGGCUCCUUCUACUUCGCCAUCACUGUGAUCACUACCAUAGGUUAUGGCCACGCUGCCCCCAGCACAGACUCAGGGAAAGUCUUCUGUAUGUUCUACGCUCUGCUGGGGAUCCCUCUCACCCUCGUCAUGUUUCAGAGUCUGGGUGAACGCAUCAACACAUUUGUCCGAUACCUUUUGCACCAAACCAAAAAGUGCCUGGGCAUGAGACGAACUGAGGUCUCUAUGGCUAACAUGGUAACAGUGGGCUUCUUCUCCUGCCUCAGCACCCUCUGCAUAGGCGCCAUCUUGUUUUCCCAAUCAGAGGGGUGGAGUUUUCUACAUGCUUUCUACUACUGCUUUAUCACACUGACCACGAUUGGAUUUGGAGAUUACGUAGCUCUUCAAAAGGAUGACGCUUUGCAAAAUGAUCCACGAUAUGUUGCAUUCUGCUUUGUCUACAUCCUCAUGGGGUUGACAGUGAUAGGGGCAUUUUUGAAUUUAGUUGUUUUGAGAUUUUUGACGAUGAAUAUGGAAGAUGAGAGGAGGGACGCGAAACAGAAAGCGCUGGUGACCAUAAAUAAACCAAGAGCAGAGGUGGCAAGACUUCUACCACUAUCCACAACCACCACACCUGUAGCAGAGACGAAAUCAAAAGAAUUAAAAGGUGUUUAUACUGAAGUUUUACAUUUCCAAACUAUAUGCUCCUGUCUUUGGUAUAGAAGCAAGGAGAAAUUGCAAAGCUCCUCAUCAAUGAUACCAGAACUGGCUAUUUCAGACCCUUAUCUUCAAACAGACAGUCACUACGUUGAACCAGGGACUACAGGCUGUGUGUGCUCGCCAAGACAAUGCACCAAUAUUAGCUCAAUAACAACAGGUUUCCUCUCUCCUUUUAGAGUUUUUAAGAGACGCAGCUCGGUGUAGCCUCCAUCCAAUGCAGCAGAUUGGACAACACAAUACAGCACUAUAUGCGGCCAUCUUGCCAAAAACUAUGACAGAAAUUUGGCAAGAAGAGCAAAGAGUGGGAGCGUUCGUGGUGCUAUAAACCCAAAAUUCAACAGGCGGACGUGGAGAGGGAGAGUGGCGUAAGCAGAAGAGUCCUACUCAUAUAAUGUAUGUUUGAUAACACAGACAUAGACGUUCAGAGUUGGUCUAAAACAGUUGACAUAUGUGUCCUCUUAAGAUGACUAAUAGGAUGAAAUGACGGCACUGGGGCAGCACAAGGUAUGACAAAUGUACGAUUUAUAAUUCAGCAAUUGCAUUUUACUUGCUGUCUCCAUGGAGAUGUUAUUACUUUGCUUAAAAUGUU